CUAGUAGAAGACUAGCUACAGCACAGCGUCCUAGCCCUCCGAGACCCUGCUACCUUCUCCACUCCUACGGGUCCGGAAGCUGUGUCCCUCCGCCGCCUGCGUGGGGUGCCAAGGUUGAAGCAGAGCGGCGUGUAACUUCAGUCUCCCAGCGGACCGAGAGAGUUCGGUGCCCGAGCUGUGCUUCAGGUCCCACCUCAGGGCCUUGUGGAGCGCUAAUGAAGUAUACCAGGCAGUCGCCAGAGCUGGCAGGGUCUCAUCUUGGUGCCAUCCAUGCUGAGUGAGGAGAGUUACAGGAUGUUCCAAAGCCAACUUCAUCCAGUUUGAGGAGAACACCUGCUUCUCAAGAAACUGCUUGUUGGACAGGAACCCAUUUUGAUGAGAGCCCACUGGAGUCUAUGAAUCCUCUCUCUGCCCUGCAAUGGCUUCUAAUGACCAAAAUGGUGGAAGCGUCUCCUCUUCCAGUAGUCGUUUACAGAGCCGAAAGCCGCCCAACCUCUCCAUCACUAUCCCGCCCCCAGAGGUCUCAACCACAGGCGAACAGGACAGUAUGCUACAGCCUGAGAGGCCUAGGAAUCCAACCUAUAUGAAGAGCGUGAGUAUGCAGGAGCCUCGAGGGCGAUGGCAUGAAAACAGCUCAGAUCGGCGUCCUGGCUUUCGCCGCCAGGCCUCCCUGUCCCAAAGCAUCCGAAGGGGCACCGCACAGUGGUUUGGUGUCAGUGAGGACUGGGAUGGAAAGCGGCAGAACUGGCAUCGCAAGAGUCUCCACCACUGCAGUGUGCGCUAUGGGAAACUGAAGGCAUCCUGCCAGAGAGACCUGGAGCUCCCCAGCCAGGAGGUGCCUUCUUUCCAGGGUAUUGAGUCCCCCAAAGCCUGCAAGCUGCCCAAGAUUGUGGAUCCACUUGCCCGGGGCCGGGCAUUCCGACACCCAGAUGAGGUGGACAGGCACCAUGCACCACUGACCCCAGGCGUGUUGUCCCUCAGCUCUUUCACCAGUGUCCGAUCAGGCUACUCACACCUCCCCCGUCGAAAGAGGAUGUCUGUGGCCCAAAUGAGCUUUCACGCUGCAGCUGCUAUCCUCAAGGGUCGAUCUGUGCUGGAGCCCACAGGCCAGAAGCGCCGGGUGAUCAAACGAAGCUUUGCCUGUACCAGUUUCCAUGAGGAGGAUGUGGUGGAUGGAGUGGACACAUUUGACUCCUCAUUUUUUAGUAAGAUCGACAUGCAGGAGAUGUACUCUAUGCCUGAUGAUGUCUUUGAGUCCCCCCCACUCUCUGCAAGCUACUUCCGAGGAAUCCCACGUUCUGCUUCCCCCCAGUCCCCUGAGGGCCUACACAUUCCCCUGAAGGAAUAUACCCAGGUCCCAGCUCCCACCACCAAGCGGGGCCAACGCAUUGCCUCCAAGGUUAAACACUUUGCCUUUGACCGGAAAAAGCGACACUACGGGCUGGGUGUAGUAGGGAGCUGGCUGAACCGGAGCUACCGACGUAGCAUCAGCAGUACCGUCCAGCACCAGCUAGAGAACUUUAGCAGCCACCGGCCAUACUUUACUUACUGGCUAACCGUUGUACACAUCCUGAUCACGCUCCUGGUGAUUGGCACCUAUGGCAUCGCCCCUAUUGGAUUUGCUCAGCACAUCACCACCCAGUUGGUGCUAAGGAAUAAAGGCGUAUAUGAGAGCGUAAAGUACAUCCAACAAGAGAACUUCUGGAUUGGCCCAAGCUCGAUUGAUUUGAUCCAUUUGGGAGCCAAGUUCUCCCCGUGUAUCCGGAAGGAUCGGCAGGUUGAGCGGUUAAUCCAGCGUGAAAGAGACCAGGAACGUGACUCGGGCUGUUGUGUCCAGAAUGACAACUCAGGCUGCAUCCAGACUCAGCGGGCAGACUGCUCAGAGACUUUGGCUACUUUCACUAAAUGGCAGGAUGACACUGGUCCCCCCAUGGACAAAUCUGACCCAAGCUUGAGGCGGACAUCGGGGGCUGUUUGCCACCAGGACCCCAGGACAUGUGAAGAGCCAGCUUCUAGUGGUGCCCAUAUUUGGCCAGAUGAUAUCACCAAGUGGCCAAUCUGCACAGACCAGGCCAAGAAUAACCACACUGGCUUCCCUCACAUGGACUGCCAGAUCAAGGGGCGCCCAUGUUGCAUUGGCACUAAGGGCAGCUGUGAGAUCACAACCCGGGAAUACUGUGAGUUCAUGCAUGGCUAUUUCCACGAAGAAGCAACACUCUGUUCUCAGGUACACUGCUUGGACAAAGUAUGUGGGCUUCUGCCAUUCCUGAACCCUGAGGUCCCUGAUCAGUUCUACAGACUUUGGUUGUCUCUGUUCCUCCAUGCUGGGUUGGGGCACUGCCUUGUGUCUGUGCUUUUCCAAAUGACCAUCCUGCGGGACCUGGAAAAAUUGGCAGGCUGGCUCCGAAUCGCCAUCAUCUUUAUCCUCAGUGGCAUCACAGGCAACCUAGCCAGUGCCAUCUUCCUCCCAUAUAGAGCAGAGGUGGGCCCUGCAGGCUCCCAGUUUGGCGUCCUCGCCUGCCUCUUUGUGGAGCUCAUCCAGAGUUGGCAGCUCCUGGAAAAUCCCUGGAAGGCAUUCCUGAACCUGUCGGGCAUUGUAUUAUUCCUCUUCAUCUGUGGGCUCCUGCCUUGGAUCGACAACAUCGCCCACAUCUUCGGUUUCCUUAGUGGCCUGCUGCUCUCCUUUGCUUUCCUGCCCUACAUCACCUUUGGCACAGGGGACAAGUACCGUAAGCGAGCCAUGAUCCUGGUGUCCCUGGUCAUCUUUGCGGGCCUUUUUGCCUCCCUCGUCAUCUGGCUGUAUGUCUACCCCAUCAACUGGCCCUGGAUUGAAUACCUCACCUGCUUCCCCUUCACCAGCCGAUUCUGUGAGAAAUAUGAGCUGGACCAGGUGCUACACUGAUGCCCGUCCCCAACCCUGGGCCACUAAAGGGUGGGAAGCCAGGAGAUGCCCCCUUUUGGGUAUCUGGUGCUACCAGAGUUUUGGAGAACAUGGCUUUUCCAUGGACGUGGAGAAUGCAGAGCUCUGUGGAACUUUCCUUUCCCUCUACUGGGAGGCUACGUGAAUGUGGUGGUUAAAACCUCCUGGAGUCAGAGGACACUCACUCACCGGCAACUCAUAGAAGGGAUUGGAGGCAGCCUCCACUUGGUGUGGAUAGGUCAGGCAAGAGGAGGCUCCUUAGGUUCCUAGCAGCAUUUUGGAAAAUGCAGGUCCCACUCUCUCUUAUACCCUCAUGUUCUAGACUGAGGCCUCUUAGAGGAGGCCCAGGCAGCCUACUUCAAGGGAGCUCAGUUCACACAGGUUCAGGUACCCUGGCCUCCCCAACACAUUAGGAGGCCAGGAAAUCUUUCUCCCCACCUCACACCCAGGGAACUACUUUUUAAAAGACCAUCCAGAUGGCUUUCCUUUCUUCCCAGGUCUCUGAUUAUGCUUAGCCAUAGUCUGUCCUGGGGUCUUCUCUCCCUUUACUACCUUUAAUCUAUUCCCAGCCUGUGUAGGCCUUUUCUGUGCAAGGUUUCUGCUCCUCCCGAAGCUGCCUUAGACCAUGGAAAGGUCAGAAGAGCCAGAUUCCCUUCCUGAACCUCCCCAUCCCCCCAGACUCCCAUAGAAAAUUUUUAGUGGUAGAUGGGGUUGUCACUCCUUCCCCAUCUCCACUGCCUUACUGCCUACCCCCAAGGAAUCUGAUGACUUGUCUUGGGGUUGUUAGCCUUUCUUAGAUGGAUUCCAGACUAAGAAGUUUGGACACCCUUACGAGAGGGAAAAAGGGAGGGACAGGGACAGGAGGAGACACUAAGAAGGGAAAAAUACUGCUUAGCUGGAAAUGGGCUGGGAUUGUUGAGUUGGAGGCCCCCUCUGAUUCUGUCCUUCAUCUCCUUUUCCCCAUUCUCCCCCUUCAACUGACUGAGAUUCUUCAGCAACACUCCCUAGCCCCAGUAGCUUUCUACCUCGCAACACACCCAGUGAUGAGGACAGAACGUGGCUAGCUUUGGGGAGCUGACUCAGAUUUGGAGAGUUCCUUUUUUUUUUUACUGGUUCAUUUUGGAAUUAUUAUUUUUAAAACUUACAUCAGUUUAGUGAUCACUGUUAUGGACAGUAUCACUAGUU